GCGCCGCGCAGGCGCAGUGCGGCGCGGGGCCCGGCAGGCAGCAUGGAGGACGCGCUGAGGCGGGAGCUGGGCACCGCGGUGCUGCGGCCGACGGGGCACUCGGGGGGCGGCUGCAUCAGCCAGGGCCAGAGCUACGACACGGACCGCGGCCGGGUGUACGUGAAGAGCAACUCCAAGGCGGAGGCCAGAAGAAUGUUUGAGGGAGAAAUGGCAAGUUUGGAAGCCAUCUUGAAAACACAGACGAUAAAAGUGCCUAAACCCAUCAAAGUUAUAGACCUGCCUGGGGGCACUACACUGUUUGUGAUGGAACAUUUGGAAAUGAGAGGCUUAAACAGACAUUCAGCAAAGCUUGGAACACAACUGGCUGAUCUCCACCUUCAUAACCAGCAACUUGGAGAGAAGCUGAAGAAAGAAGAAAGCACAGUUGGUAAAGGUCAAGGGCAAAUGGAAGUCCAGUUUGUGGAUCAAUUUGGCUUUCAUACAGUUACCUGCUGUGGCUAUCUUCCACAGGUGAAUGACUGGCAGAAUGACUGGGUGACUUUCUUUGCCAAGCAAAGAAUCCAGCCGCAGAUGGACAUGAUCGAAAAGAAUUCAGGAGACAGGGAAGCAAGAGAACUUUGGGCACAACUUCAGCUGAAGAUACCCAGUUUGUUCUGUGACAUAGAAAUUGUUCCUGCUCUCCUGCAUGGAGAUCUCUGGGGAGGAAAUGUAGCUGAGGAUGAUUCUGGUCCAAUUAUCUUCGAUCCGGCUUCUUUCUACGGCCAUUCAGAGUAUGAGCUUGCAAUAGCUGGGAUGUUUGGUGGCUUCAGCAGUUCUUUUUACUCUGCUUACCACAGUAAAAUUCCCAAAGCUGCAGGGUUUGAGAAACGCCUAAAGCUUUAUCAGCUUUUUCACUACAUGAACCAUUGGAACCAUUUUGGUACAGGGUACAGAGGGUCUUCUCUAAACAUUAUGAGAAAUCUUAUAAAGUGACUCUCUGCUUAAGCAGAAUACUUCCUAUGUUGCUUGGCAGUGCAACUGCAGGACUAGUAAUGUUAAAAAAAGCUAUUAGACCCUUGACCUCGUUGCACAGCUAAAGACCUAGAAUCAGUGAUUCCUGCUAAAUACUGAUAUAACAUAGUCAUCCCUUUUUAGGAUAGUUGGGAAUACCUUUAUGAGGGAAAUAGCUAAUGAGUUUAUGCAGUUGCACAAAAGAUCUGUCGGUGUCAAGAAACCAUUGUAUGCUUGAGACCAGGCAAGUUAAUACAGGUCAAGCACUCAAGUCUAAAUUAUUUGGAAAAAGUACUUUCUUAGGGACCAGUUGUUCGUCAGAGUGGAAAAAUACCAGGGUUUACAUUUGCACCUUAAUGGAAAACAUUAGAGACGCGUUUGUGAAAUGGAGAAUUGCUUUUCUCAGUUACUGAGGAGAUGGCUGAAAAAGUUGAUCAUUACUUUUUAAUGUUCCCCCCCACCUUUGUGAUAGAUUGCUCAGACUCUUUCAGCUCUUCAUGUCCAGUUAUGUGCAUGAGAACAAUGUUAACAAAAUAUUUUGAAGGUCAACAAGAAAACUAUGUAAUGGGAACUGUGAAAAAUGAUUGCUAUUCAUUAUGCUAGUGUGAUUCUAUUGGAUGGAGACUGCUUCCUGUUCUGUUAGUUACAAAGCUGUUUGAAAAUGGCUUAGAAUUUUUUCUGGCAUGUGCAUUUUGGUGCCUCAUGGCAUUCUUGUAGGCUGUUCUGUGCUUGCUGGUCAGUGGUCUCUUAUCUACAGCAAUUUUGGUUUUAGCAGAACUAGCUCUCUUCUUUUUUGGAUUAUGCUUUUGUCCAGUAGUGUGCAUUCUUAAAGACCUGUUCAGGUACACGUCCUGUGAAGAUGUACUCUCUCACUCAUACAGGCAGAAGAUGUACUUUUUGACUCUUGUCAUUGCCUACAGGUUAAUGCCAUCUGGUUGUGAUACAGGCUUCACAUAAAUUUUCUGUAAUUUACACUACAGGUGCCAUAAGCUAACAUUUUUCUUCAGUCCCCACUAAGUGCACUUUGUAGGUCUUGGGAUAAGAGACAUGAAACCAAAGGAAAAUAAAAUGUAACUCGCAGAACAGCAGCUCUGCACCAUUGUCAGAAGUUCUUCAAGGAUAGCUUUGCAGACUAGCUAUUUCUUGUACCCGCGAGAUGGUAAUACUAACAUUGUACUCUUUUUGAUGUAGGCUGGUAAUGAUAUUUCAGUGCAAGCAUACCAGGUAGGUGAGAGGGGUGCAUGAUUCCUAACAAGCAUUUUGAAUGUUUGGCAAUGACUUUAAUUAAUUAAAAAUGUUUUUCAUUGGAUAUUGACAGAUUACAGAGGGUUUUUUAGUUGCUGGUUUUGCAGUUAUUUAUACAAAUUGGAAGCAAGUUUAGAGAAGACUAUCAUUUGAUAUAACUUUCCUUAAUUCUACUACUCUUCUCACUGGCUGUCUAACUUUUGCUACAAAAAGUUUUAAAGCCUUGCUUGGUAGAAUAGCUUUUACUUUUACCUUGUUGCUUAAAUAAAAAGUUUCCCAGUUGAUUAUUGUUGUCUCUGUUUUCUGAAUUAAAACCUUACAGCUUGCGUCCGUUCUUGGGGAGCUACUUGCUCUAACUUGUUAAAGGUAUCUAGUUCGUUAGAGAAUUAUGGUCAUCAGAGGUGUUGAUGGGAACGUAGUCAUGGAGUUUAAUCUGGAGCAGUGUGUCAACGAAGAAAAUUUACGUGUUGUUUGGUUACGAUAUCAUUUGAGGUCCUAUCUAUGCAUUCAAACUUUAUGUAUUGUACCAGCUGUUUGGAUGUUGAUGAAAUGUUACGUCUGUGCACAUACUCUUAUCCCAUUCACACACACUUAACACUGCUUAGCGCAGCUGAUGCUGUGGAAUUUUAGCCACCUUUCACUCUGGUUAGAUCCCUUAACUGUGUAUUUCCAUGUGCCUUCAUAAUAAAAUUAGAAGUUACUUAACAACGUCAUUCUGUUUACAAAACUUCAAUAAAUCAACAUGUUUGUUUUGCUAAAAUACCUAAGUAUUUUUUAGCAUUAGAAGAUGAAAAGUGAUAUGAAGGUGGAUUUUCUGUCAGUCAUAGACUUGAGUGAUAAAUGGUAAGUCUUCAAAGAUCACCUUUUCCUAAUAGAACUGAAUCAAGAUAUUUUUGUGAUUGAAAGAAAAUUGUGUUGUAUGCAGGUUAUGUAAACAGAAACAACUGUAUUUAGAGAUUUGAUUUAAGGUAUAUGCUCACUUUUUCAAAGCUAUUUUGUCCUACAAUUAGAAAUGGAAGGGUUGUAGAGAGGAAUACAAAUGGAAUGUAACAGCAAGCUCUACUGUACCAUGGAUCCCUUGGUUUUGAGUUCUUAUAGACAGCAGUUGAAUCAGGAUGGAGAAAGGGAUGAAAUCUUCCGAAGGCAGGCUGCUAGUGGACCCUUAAGAAGAAAUUGCUGCAAUUCUAUAAGGUAAAUUUUUUUUUUCUUACGUGUUGUACAGUUCGGCACUGCUCUUAGAAUUCUCCUCUGAUCAUUUUGUUGCAUUAUGUGUUCUAGGCAUGCCUUUGUUAUUCUUCAUCUCUUUCUCUCAUAGUUUAAAGCUAAUGUGUCCUGUUUUUUCCUUCUCAUAUAUUCCUCCCUCUUGGCUUCCUCUGUACAUUGUAAAUCUGUUAAGCGUGUUUCCUUGUACCCAUGCUCUCAUUCUGUAUUUCCUGGUUCUGUACCAUAAUUUUGCCAACUUUCCAUUUCUGUUUGGACAAGGAAGAAGGGUAAAAGAACCACUGAAUUUUUCUUAAAUAUACAGUGUAUGCGUAUUUGUAUAUUGUAAAAAAAAAUUGUAAUGUCCUCUCAUGAUGUUUCUAAGUCUUUUCUCAAGAUGGAUCACAAUGCGUGCGUGGCAUUAGUAGACUAAAGCAUCUCAAGGCGUUUAUUUUUAAAACUUUUAAAACCAGAUCUCUUUAUGUAUUUUUUCUUAAUUUAAGAUAAAUUUUGAAAUUAAUUCCUUAAGGAAUUAAUUAGUGGAUAUGAUUGUGCAUAACUCUUAACAACACCAGCUUCUGCCUUGAAGAGGAGUUAGGAGAAGAGAAGCUUGGAAAUCUGGCCUCAGUUGUUAGGAUCAUAGGAAAAUUCAGGUUGUGAGAGAUCUCAGGAGGUCACUCAGUUCAAUCUCCUGCUUAAAGCAGGAUAAGCUAGGACAGGUCAUGUUACUUGGGUCUUUGGUCUUGAAAAUCUCUAAGAUGGAGGCUUCACAACCUCUCUGGGCUACCUGUUUCGCGGCUUGGCUGUCCUUAUUGUGAAAAUAAAUCCGUUUUGAACCUCUCUGCAAGAACCUGCAUUUCUGCUGAAUUGCUUAUAGUUCCUGUGUAACCUACAUUUAAGUGUGACUUUGUUUUCAGUCUCGUGGACUGCUGCCAUCUGCAAAAGCUGCCUGCAAAGAGGAAUGUUGCACUCUAGUACUAUUUUUCUUCCUACUUCUUGUCUUCACUGUUGUUCCAAAAUAGAUCUGGUGAUGUUAACUGAUGCUGGACUGUUCUUGCAGAAGUAAAAGUGGGUGGGAAGUGGUAUAUAAUCAGCUUGUACUGUAGGCACUGUUUGUGACAAAAGAUUUAAGGUGAAAAUAUAUUUCUGGUAACUAAGCUGCACCAGAA